AUGUUAUCUAAAAGUGUAUCGGCAACUCAGUUUAAAGAUUGUGGUUCCGAAGUGGGUAUUAUACAAGCGUUCGACGUAAAAGACUGUCCAACUAUACCUUGCAUAUUUCAUAAAGGAAACACAUAUGCGAUGAAUAUGACAUUUCAAGCUAAAGCCGCAUCGGCAUCGGCCACUGUUGUAGUACAUGGUGUCAUAGCUGGAAUUCCCGUCCCAUUUCCGAUUCCUGAUCCAAAUGCAUGUCAUCUAAAUUGUAAAUGUCCAAUAAAUGAAAAAGACGUUAAUGUUGUACAAAUGGCAAUUGAUGUUUUGUCUACUUAUCCAUCAAUAUCUUUAUAUGUCAAGAUAGAAAUAAUAUCGGAUGAUUUGAAACAACCCUAUUCCUGUGUACUAUUUCCAGCUCAAAUAGAAAAUGCACCAAGAACUAGAUUAGUCGGUUGGGAAACUGGACGAUUAUUUGAAAUUUUACAUCAGAAACCAUGA